UCCGUUGUUCCCGCGGAUUCAUUGGAAAUAACCGAUACAAUGGGUCCCAAACGUCGAAUGGUAGAAAACACUGGGACCCAGAACGAUACUAAAAAAGACAAAAAACCCGAAGCAGAUCAUGAGUUAUUUCUUCAAGCUUUUGAAAAGCCAACACAGAUCUAUCGUUAUCUGAGAACCAGAAGCAUUGUUUUGCCAAUAUUUUUACCAAGAACUUUAUCGUAUAUGAAACAGAGGAGGUCUGUUUCAAAUAGCAAAAGAAAAACAUUUAAAGUAGACUCUAUAUUGGGAUCUGUGGAGGCCAAGUUAGAAAAGGAAUCCGUGAGGAAAAGGUUAAGACAUGAAACUCUACAGCUAUCGUUCUCUGGCUUUCAUAUUGCUGACUUUGCAACUGAGGCUGAGUUUGCUGAUGUCGAAAUUCUACUUUUGCGCAUUUGCCAGAAGAAAAGAAAGGAAUCAGCAGUACCCAUUGUCCCAGUGACACUGGCCAAGUUGCGAGUACCAGUUAAUCCAAAGCCAUUGGCUGUGUACCAAGAUCAAGUGCUUGAAAUUCCUAGUGAAAUGUUUGCCUAUAAGAAUGGUCAUGUUGUUAGAUCCCAUGUACUGUUGUUCCGUGUACAGUGUGCUACUCUAAGAGAAGCCAACAGUUCAGGGGAGAAUCAUGUUCAAAAUGAGCCCCCCAUUAAAAGACGUAGAAAUGGUCGCAUUUCAUCCUUAGAGGAAGAGAUCUUGACAUUUUGCAGAGAGCUGGUUGUUUAUGACAAAACCAAGUCGUGUCUGUUGACCCAGGGGAAGUAUGAGCUGGCCGUUGAAACUUCAGAUGGUACUGAGACCCUCAAACUGAACAAAGUCUGGGAGUCUUUCUCAGGAAAAAAUGUCCGACCCCUUGAGCUAUUCACGGAUUACCCCACUCUGAAAUUUACCCUGACAUGGUUAGCUCAAGAGGACAACAAUAAAAAAUGUGAGACUCCCCCUCGCUGCCAUCUUAUCAACGGAACCUCAGAUUUCUCAGCAGCAUUUGAGAAAUGUAAGGUUUAUCAGAGGGGUGUAAUCAAAGGGGUGAAGGCUGAAUAUGUUGGUCCAAAAACAAGAGAGCGAGAAAAUCAAAAUCAAGUUACACCCCGCAAACGUUUGCGAGUGUUUUAUCAGUUUACUCAUAACUCCUGCACACAACAAGAGACAGAAGCAAGGGAUGAUCUACGAUGUCCUUGGUGCUGCCUCUCAUGUCAACAGUUGUAUAGUUUGCUCAAGCAUUUACGUCUGUGUCAUUCUAGGUUCAACUUCAUGUAUAUUCCACAUCCUAAGGGAGCUCGCAUUGAUGUUUCAAUAAAUGAACGCUAUGAUGGCUCAUAUGUUGGCAAUCCUCAAGAUAUUCAUUCCCAUGUAGGCUAUGCCUUUAGCCGCAGCAACCCAGUUAGACGUACACCCAUCACCCAUGUUAUUGUUUAUAGACCUAAGAGAGCAGCACCAUCUUUAUCUGAAUUCCAAGAAGCUGAGUCAGAGACAGGGCUCAAUAGGCAACUUAUACAAGGCCACAAUAGACUUUAUUUCCAUACUGUGACAUGCCAGCCAGUCCGACCCCAGGAGCUAGAUACAGAGGGGAGAGAAGAGAGUAAACCUCGUUGGCUGAAACAAAAAACUGUCAUGAUGAUAGAUGAGUUUACUGAUGUCAAUGAAGGUGAAAAAGAAUUGAUGAAAAUGUGGAAUUUGCAUGUUAUGGAAAAAGAAUAUAUAGGAGACUGUAUGGUUCCACGUGCAAGCUUUACUUUUGUUGAAGAGCAUGGAGCAGAGAUUAUUAAGAAAAAUCUGUGCAGAAAUUUUCUGCUUCAUCUUGUGAACCUUUUUGACUUUAGUCUAAUCAGGCCAGAUGUUGUACAACGUGCAUAUGCUAUGUUAGAAAAUCUACGUCAUCAAAUCAACUCCCAGAAUAAAGUAUCCUGAUAUUUAUUUUGAGCACAUUGGUGCCAUGUUAAAUCUAGAGCCUGCAAAGGCUUGUGUGAAAGAUUGUGAUUUUACAAUGCAUGUAUAGAUAUGUAUGUUGGAGCGUGUCCCACCUUGUGUUGUAUGGUUCAUGUAAAAUACUUGUACAUGUUUUAGUUUAAUUUAAGAAAAUUUUUAUUACCCAUAAAUUAUAUUUUUAUGAUAAAUAAAUACUUGCUCA